AUGGCCGCCACUCGUGUCUUCACCUCCCGCAUGGCCUCCGUCAUGGCCCAGACCUCCAAGGUCGCCCGCCCUGCUGCUCGCUUCCAGCUCAACGCUGCCACCAAGCGCACCUUCACCCAGAAGGCCCCCGCCUUCGGUGCCCCCAAGCGCAUCCAGUCGCCCACUCUCCUCCAGGCCAAGGCCUUCCAGACUGCCGCCCGCCGCCAGUACUCCUCCGAGGUCGCCUCCGCCAUGGUUGAGGUCUCCAAGAACAUCGGUAUGGGUUCCGCCGCCAUCGGUCUCGGUGGUGCCGGUAUCGGUAUCGGUCUCGUCUUCGCCGCUCUCCUCAUGAGUGUCUCCCGCAACCCUGCCCUCCGUGGCCAGCUCUUCUCCUACGCCAUUCUCGGCUUUGCCUUCGUCGAGGCCAUGGGUCUCUUCGAUCUCAUGGUUGCCAUGAUGUGCAAGUACGUCUAA